AUGAUACGACAGUCUGAGGCGUCGUGUGACCACUUCGUUAGCGAUUCUGUGCUCGACGCAGCAGCCAUUACCCAUCCUCCUCCUCCUGCUUCCUUGAUAAUACAAACCCAAAGAAGCGAACUAUCGCAGCGCUCGCGGCGUUCGAAACGUGAGCAGCAGAAGAAAGUGCGCUAUGAGCUACUCCACGCGAUGACCGCAGAGAAGCGCAACGAUUACCUGAAUCAAGAAACCGUCAAGAAACAGGAGAUUCAGCAGCGCCUAAAACAAGCAGCAGCUGUGGACAGUUCCAAUCAGCGCAUCGCCAUUGAUUUGGGAUUCGACAGCAUCAUGAACGACAAAGAGGUCCGGAGUUUAGCCAAUCAGCUCAAAUUUUGUUAUGGUGCCAUAAAGAAGAUGCCGGAGCCGUUCCAGCUGAUCUUUUGCAAUCCCAGCGAGCGAUUAGAGCAUUUUCUUGAACGCUUUGGCGCCUCCCAUUGGCAUGUUCAAUGGCGGCGCGAUAGCACUAGCGUCGCUGAUCACUUUGAGCCGGACCAACUUGUGUAUUUAUCGCCAGAUUCGCCAAAUGUGCUGAAUAAAAUCGACCCAGAGAAGAUUUAUGUGGUCGGUGGCAUCGUGGAUAGAUCCCGCAAAAAGGGAGCGACGCUUAACGCAGCACUGGAAGCUGGUGUCACGACGGUUCGACUGCCGAUUCAGGAGUAUAUCCCAGAGCGACUGGAUCAUAUUUUGAAUGUGAACACAGUACUUGACGUGCUGAUUCUCAGUCAAGACAUUGACGAUUGGACACGGGUACUUGAGCUUGCGUUACCACGGCGCAAGCGAAGCCAAGUGGGGCGGAAAGCUAUGCGACGCCGGCAGAAGCAGCAAGCAUUCCAAGCAUCGUUCAGCUCAGCUCAACCAAAAAACGCCGUCCCUCAUCAGCCUGUUGAACAUACGGUUGAGCUGGGUGGCGAUGUAACAGAAAGGCUGGAAGAGGGAUUGCCUCCGACAGAGGAGUUGAGCCUGUGGCUAAAGGAAGUUGCAUAA